AUGAGCAGCGUCGUUGAGCUACGAUGUGCCGAUGGGACGACGUUGAUGACGACAAAGGAGACGCUGGCCCGUGUGCCCUACUCCAAGCUGAGCACCGACAACAAAGCUACGUCCAACUCCGAUGCAAAAAUCAUCGCUAUUAUGUUGGACGCGCUUCGUCGCGCGGACCAAAGACUAAUUGUGCCCGACGAUUUCGACGACUGGGGACGCUUGGCGGCUGAGGCAAGACGUUUGGGACUGUUCCAAAUUGCCGAAUAUGCAUCGCCAUGUACGAUUUGCGUCGCUUGCCAUGUAGCAUUGUCGGCUGGCCGACUAAAUCCUGAGGUGACGUUUCGGAAGUUGUCACGAAUUGUCGUCACUGGCAAAGUCAGCGUUUGUCGUGCAGUAUUUGGGCAGAGUCUUAACGAGGCUCGUGACGGUGGUGGAACCGACUUCGAAGCGGAACGAUACACUUCCAGGUAUGGUAUAAUUUAUUUCUUAACUAUUGUCGCGUCAUUUGUAACAUAA